AUGCCCGACAGGCCCUCGGUGAUUCCCGCAGCGCUGGCCAAGGCGCUGGCAGACAAACUGUACGACAAACAGCGUGUGGCCACGCAGAAGAUCGAGCGGCUGGUGCUCGAUGCGCUGGACCAGGACGACGAGCAGAAGAUAUACGCGCUGAUCGCUGAGCUAUCCACAGACUACGCCACGUCGGAAAAGGAGGCGUCGCGCAUCGGCGGGCUUGUCGCGUUGGCGGCAACGGCAGUGGCUUUAACACACAUCAACAUCCGGCCGUUCCUGCCUCACAUGGUGCCGCCGAUGGUGUCAGCGCUGUCGGACGGAGAGAGCAAAGUGCGGUACUUUGCCUGCGAGUCGCUGUACAACGUGGCCAAGGUCAGCAGGGGCCACAUCCUGAGGUGGUUCAACGACAUCUUUGAUGGGCUGGCGCGCGUAACGGCCGAUUCGGUCAAGACCGUGAAAGACGGCGCAGAUUACCUGGAUCGGCUGAUCAAGGACAUUGUCGCAGAGCAGGCGGCCACGUGCGUGGACUGGUACGAGGACGGCAGCCUGAGCAGCACGAGCAACGCUGCCCAGCGCAAGGGGGGGGCGCGGCUGGCGUUCUCGCUGGACAAGUUCAUGCCGCUGCUGGCGGAGCGCAUGCACACGUACAAGCCGUCAACGCGGCUGUACCUGAUCGAGUGGGUGCGCGUGCUGGACUCGGUGCCGGGGCUGGACCUGAUUGUACACCUGCCCGAGUUCCUCGACGGGCUGCUGCGCUUCCUCAGCGACCCGAGCGACGACGUGCGCAGCCGCACGCAGAGCCUCCUGGGCGAGCUGCUGAGCGAGAUCCGCGAGUGCGUCGAGCUGCAGGGCGCCGCCGCCGACAGCAGCCAGGCGGGCGACGGCGACGGCGCCGACGACGGCGACGACGACGACGGCUCGCUGCGGUGGGGCGAGCAGCCGCUGAGCCGCGCGCGCGAGCUGCGCAUGGCGGCGCGGCGCAAGAAGAUCCGCGCCGAGCGCGCUGGCGGCGCGCUGGUGGCGGGCGCGGCGGUGGUCAUCGAGUUUGCGCGGUGCGUCGGCAUUCUGAUUCCGCACCUCGAGUCAAACGACCAGGAGAUCCAGGGCAUGGCGCUGGGGUGGAUCCUGCAGUUCACGUGGCUGUGCCCGCGCGUCAUCGUGCAGUUUGUGCCGCGCCUGGUCAACGCCGUACUGCCAUCGGUGUCGCACCCGAUGGCGGCCCACAGGCGCACCGCCGAGGACGUCAAUCUGCAGCUGUACGAGCUGACAGUGUCGGUUAUCGAUGAGCCGUUCAACUAUGACGAGGCUGCUACGGCAGUCAUGGAGCUGUUUGCAAAGAACGUGCAUGAGCCGACCAAGGUUGCCGGCAUGCAGUGGCUCCUGCUGCUGCACCGUAAGGCGCCGUGGCGCAUUUUGACGCCCGAGGAUAUGAGCUUUCCUGUGCUGCUUAAGAUGCUCAGCGACAGCAGCGAGCAGGUGGUCAAGCUGGAUCUUGAGCUCACCACUUACAACGUGGAUCCUCACUCGAUGCCGUAUUUGUCGCGGUUCCUUGGCAGUCUGCUACAGAUGUUUGCCACGGACCGCGUGCUGCUGGAGACUAGGGCCGCGCUGAUGGUUAGGCAGUUGUGCGUGGUGCUGGACCCGCAGCUCGUAUUCUGCUUGUUUGCCCGCUUGCUGUCCCACAUUGAUCUGGAAUUCAUCAGCGUCAUGGUGCAGCAUCUCAGCUGGAUCCUCGUCACGGCGCCCGAAACCGAGAAGCUAAGGCUGAUUUUGCGCCGCUACAGCGACAACCAGCACAGCCACGGGCUUUUUGUCGCGCUGUUCCGCACGUGGAGCCACAACCCAGCAGCCUGCUUGACACUCUGCCUUUUGUCGCAGCACUACGAGAUUGGCGCCGAGCUGAUCAAUGCCUUUGGCCAGCUGGCGCAGGACUUGACGGUCAGCUUUUUGGUGCAGCUCGAUAAGCUGGUACAGCUCAUUGAGUCGCCGGUUUUUACCUUCCUUAGACUGCAGUUGUUGGAUCCCGCGCAGCAUCCGAUGCUUGUGCGCUCGUUGUAUGGGCUGCUGAUGAUGCUUCCGCAGAGCUCGGCGUUUGCCAUUUUGCGCAAUCGAUUGAGCACCGUAGCUAUGCUU